UCUGAGGACGAGAAAAGAGAUGUCUCCAUGAACUUUGGGGAUAGCGAUGACAUUUUUAAAUAUUUCCGUUCUAUAGAAAGACUAUUAAAACCAGAUCCUCUCUACAUGGACAAGCAAUCUAAGAUUACCUGGAAAUACCGAUUUAUUGUAAUAGACUGGAUCAUGGGAGUGCAUCAGAACUUCAAAUUUUCACCUGAGACUCUUUUUCUUGCUGUCAAUCUUCUCGAUAGAUUCCUUGCAUCCAGAGAGAUCCGAAUAGAGAACUUGCAGCUCGCUGGUAUCACUGCUUUCCUAAUUGCAUCAAAAUAUGAAGAAAGCUUAAAUGAACGAAUCUUAGAUGAGUGUUUAGAUAUGACCGAAAACGCUUACACUCGUGAAAAUUUCAUGGAAGCAGAAAAGUCUAUGUUAAAAACACUCGACUACAACCUCGGAUGGCCUGGCCCUUUGAGCUUCCUGCGACGCAUAAACAAAGCGGAUGAUUACGACGACGAGAUACGUAACAUGGCUAAGUACUUUCUGGAGGUAGCAACUCUAGACAAACAGUUUGCGGACUGUAUUCCUAGCUUUCUUUCUGCAGGUGCAUACUAUCUUGCACGUGAUAUACUCAAAAAGGGUGGAUGGUCACAACUGCACAUUUAUUACUCUGAAUACACAGCGAGCCAGCUACAAAGUCUAGCAAACGCUAUUUGUGACAGCUGCUAUAAGCUUGGGAAGAGA